AUGGUGGCUGAUCCCGACAACCCACUGGUGCUGGAUAUCCUGACCGGCUCUUCAACCUCCUACUCCUUCUUCCCAGACAAGCCUAUUACUCAGUACCCGCACGCGGUGGGGAAGAACACCCUUCUGAUCGCGGGGCUCCAAGCCCGGAACAACGCCCGCGUGGUUUUCAGCGGCUCCUUGGAUUUCUUUAGCGACGCCUUCUUCAAUUCCGCUGUGCAGAAAGCUACCCCCGGCUCCAAGAGGUACUCGCAGACAGGUAAUUACGAGCUGGCUGUUGCCUUGUCCCGCUGGGUGUUCAAGGAGGAGGGCGUGCUGCGCGUCGGCACCGUGUCCCACCACCGCGUGGGGGAACUGGCGCCUCCCAAUGCCUACACCGUCACCGAUCUCGUGGAGUACAGCAUCGUCAUCGAAAAGCUCUCUGACGGCAAGUGGGUCCCUUUCGACGGAGACGAUAUUCAGCUGGAGUUCGUCCGCAUCGAUCCCUUCGUGCGGACCUUCCUGAAGAGGAACGGCGGCAAAUACAGCGUGCGGUUCAAGCUGCCGGACGUCUACGGGGUGUUCCAGUUUAAAGUGGAUUAUAACCGGCUGGGUUAUACCCACCUCUACUCCUCCACCCAGGUGUCCGUCCGUCCCCUCCAGCACACGCAGUACGAACGUUUCAUCCCCUCGGCGUACCCGUACUACGCCGGCGCCUUCUCCAUGAUGGUUGGCCUCUUCAUGUUCAGCAUCGUCUUCCUGCACAUGAAGGAGAAGGAGAAAUCCGACUGAGCUCCCU